AUGAAGCCCCAAUCGCUUCUGUGCGCAGCCGUUGCGCUGCUCCAGGCGGUUGCCGAGUGCAAGAAUGUUGUCGUUGAGUCGCUGCCAAAGGUGCCAAUGGGCUGGCGAAAGCUGCGGAACGCGGACCCCUACCAAGUCAUCAACCUGCGGAUUGCCCUCGAGCAGCCGCACCUCGCCGAGUUCGAGCAGACCCUCUACGAUGUAUCCACGCCGCAGCACGCGCUGUACGGCCGCCACCUCUCGCGCGAGCAAGUCCGGGAGCUGAUGAAGCCGACGAAAGAGUCCACGGCCGCUGUCCUGAACUGGCUGCAAGCAUCCGGCAUCGCGCAGGAGGACAUCGAGGACGACGGGGAGUGGAUCAAUUUUAAGACCACCGUGUUUAAGGCUGCCAAACUGCUGAGCGCCGACUUUGGUGUCUACAACCACGUUGGCACGGAUGGCGAGCGCAUCCGAACGCUGCACUAUUCUGUGCCGGCCGAAGUCAUGCCUCACAUCACCAUGGUCCAGCCAACGACCCGCUUCGGCCAGCUGAGACCGCAGAGGUUCGAGAUCAGCAAGGUCUUUGAGCAGGCAGAACUGCCCGAGUUCUUCCAGGCCGCGGCGGCUGUCUCUACGCAAGACCUCAACGUGACGUUCUGCAACACGACGAUUACGCCCGAGUGUCUGCGAGCUCUGUACAACAUCGGAGACUACACGGCUGACCCAACUGUCCCGACCGUCCUGGGAGUUAGUGGCUUCUUGGAGGAAUACGCAAAGCAUGAUGCACUUGACCAGUUUCUCGAGCAAUUUGCCCCUUACGCUCUCACUCAGAACUUCACGACUAUAUCCGUAAACGGAGGCCUGAACAACCAAACCGACACAGUCGAUGACGAUGUUGAGGCGAACUUGGAUAUGCAGUAUGCUGCGUCAAUUGGUUUCCAGACAACGAUCCGCUACUACUCUACGGGUGGUCGUGGAAUCUUGGUCCCUGAUCUUGACCAACCGGACCCGGCCGAGAACUCCAACGAACCAUACCUAGAGUAUCUAACCUACUUGCUUGCGCUCCCUGACGGGGAGCUCCCGCACACCCUCACUACGUCAUACGGAGAGGACGAACAAUCAGUACCGGCAGAAUAUGUCAAGAAAGUCUGCACCAUGAUCGGCCAGCUCGGUGCUCGCGGUACCUCCGUCCUCUUUAGCUCCGGCGAUACUGGGCCCGGUAGCGCAUGCCAGACGAACGAUGGUAGGAAUGCUACGCGCCUACUUCCCAUCUUCCCAGCCGCCUGCCCCUACGUGACCUCGGUAGGCGGUACCGUAGGCGUGGCCCCUGAGCAGGCCGUCUCCUUCUCGUCGGGCGGCUUCUCGGACCUGUUCGCGCGGCCCCCGUACCAGGAGGCCGCCGUGGCCUCAUACUUGACAUCGAUUGGCGACACCUUCACCGGCCUAUACAACACGGCGGGCCGCGGGUUCCCCGACGUCGCGGCAGCAGGACGCAACUUCGCCGUCGUCGACCAGGGCACCAUCAUCAGUGUGGGCGGAACGUCGGCGUCGGCACCCACAUUCGCGGCUGUCAUUAGCUUGCUCAACAACGCGCGGGUCAAGGGUGGGCUGGCGCCUCUUGGCUUCCUGAACCCGUGGAUCUACAGCGACGCGCUGGGUGCGGGCGGCUUCACGGAUAUCGUGCUUGGCGGCAGCAGGGGGUGCACUGGGAGGGAUGCAUAUUCGGGCUUGCCGACGCCUGUCGUGCCGGGUGCGAGUUGGAAUGCCACGGCGGGCUGGGAUCCUGUCACGGGCCUGGGGACGCCCCUUUUCGACAAGCUACUGGCAAACGUCGCGCCCGGCGUUGUGUUGCCCAAGCUGUCCAGGUCUGCCAGCAAUGGAGGAGCCACGACUUCAUUGGAGAUGACAGCAUCCAAUAUCAUAUCUGGGUAG